AAAAACGCCCAGAGAUCAUUUUGGAGCACAGAGGAGGACUGCCACUGCCACCGCCACCGGGACCAGACGAACCAACACCACAGACAACUACACAAUGGAGGCAGCCGCUGGGCCACAGGGCCGUAGCUCAAGGGGAACCACCGGGGCAUUUACCCACGCAAUUAAUGGCCUGCACAUGCAAAGGUGGUCCCCUGGUUGGAGGAGUGCGUUGCAACCCGCCCCGGUUGCCCCCUCCUCUUCUUCGCUCCGGCUGGCACGGCUCGGAAGAGCGUGAGAGAAAAAGAGAGAGAGGGGGAACGUCGUGGGAAAGGAAAAUGAUCCAAACGACGUUCCUCGCCGCCCUCCUCGUACUCCACGUCGCACACACACCCUUGGCCUGCGCUCACUACGGGAGGAGAGUGUGUAGCGGCCGCCAGCAUCAUCACGUCGUCAUGGCAACAGAGUCGUACGUUCUGCCGCUGCACAAGCCCUACAUGACAGCGUGCCAGGGCCACCGCCUCUGCAGCACCUACAAAACAGUGUACACGGUGGCGUAUCGCCAGGUGAGCAGAGUCGUGUCUUUCUCCAACUUCUACCCAGAAUGUUGUCCGGGAUGGCGACGCUUUCACUCGCUCAACUGUAACCAAGAUGUGGACGAGUGUGUGGAGCAGCAUCCGUGCUCUCAAGGGUGCGUCAACACAGUCGGUAGUUUCCGAUGUUUCUGCCGCGACGGUUUCUUCCUAGCUGGGGAUUCACGCUCCUGCCGACGUUUAGAAGCAUCCGAUUCCACUCCAGCGCCACCAACAGGCGGAACUUCAGGUAUUAUUCUCAAGAACGUGACGGAGGAAGUGCAGAACUUAAAGAGCAGAAUGGAACUUCUGGAACAAAAGCUGCAGGUGGCGCUGGCGCCGUACAGCAGCGUUUUCCCAGAGGAGGGUGGGUCGGAGAACAGCGCCACCUUGCUGUCGCACUCCUUCCGCCAGCUGGACCGCAUCGACUCCCUGAGCGAGCAGAUCGGAUUCCUAGAGGAGCGUCUGGGAACCUGUUCCUGCCAGGAAAACUAGCCGCUACCAAAACUGAAACAUGGCUGACACACGCACACAUCAAGAUCAAGAUCAUCGAGUCGUCGAGUAAUUGUCAAACAAAUCAGCAAGGGAAUGUUUCCUCACAUGUUCGCAAAGUGUUGUCUUGCUUUAAACAACUGUAACAUGUCUUUGAUGGUUCUAAUAGUGUCUUUGAUGUCUUUUGUAAUGUUUCUAAAAAUGUCUUUCACAUUUUAUUUAAAAUUACAACCAGUUA